GGGAGACAGGGUCCUACAACAAAAAUGCGUGUGGUUCAAUGUAGACGCCGGUGCCAAAGUCUAACAGCCCAUUCUGCGGUUUCUUAUUUUUAUUUUCAAAGAUAAUCAUGGCAAUUUCAAUAAAAAAACAUUGAGUGCUACGAUAUAUUUUAAAAACGUGGCCUACACGACGUUUUGUCUACAACUUGAAAGCUUUGUCUGGUGUUGUUACAAUGACGACUCAUCGAAAUGCAACACUAGACCCGCGUCACUUCGUAAUAAUCAAACCGCUUCCGAUUCUUAAACCGUCGGGAGAAAUACGCCAGGCCCGGAGCAGAACGGUGUGGUCCGCCUGUCAGCCGACCAGGGAGCAGGUUUUCUGGGAUAACUAUCACCGACGACAGUGGCAGCUGAGCCGGCAGGGCUAUAGAGCAGCCCCCUGGAGACCCUAUGAGGAGGUCGGACAACCGCUCUACCUUGAAACCAAGAGACUCAUACUAGAAUCACUGGGACAACCUGUGGAAGAGGCUUCAAAGGCUGAUCCCUUACCAGAAGAGGAUGUGCCUGUUUGCACCACUCCAUCAGAUUCCCCAGGAGCAAACAAGAGCUUGCCAUUUCGUUGCCCCCAGGCAGGGAAGAGAGAGGAUGCAGUAUCUCUUAGGAAGCAUCUGGGACAUACCAGCCGUUUGGUGUCAGCGGUCAGACAGGGCCGGGGUUACUUCCACCUCCUCCAGAAGAAGGAGAAGGAACAGGAGGAGGCGCAGCAGAGGGAGCAGAAGAGGAAAGAGGAGUGGCUGCGUGGCCAGCCCCGACCUCCCUGCUCAGAGUCUGACUCUGACAGCGACUCAGGGAGGAAGAAGGCCCAGUCAGCUCGACCUUUCACCCCCAUCCACUGCUCCCUGACUUCCCCUCAGGCCUCUGAGCCACCACAAGGGCCCAUAUUCCGCCAGCUGUGCUGUCUGAACUGGUUGCUGGAGGCCCUGACUCUGGACAGGACCGGGAGAGCUGGACCAGUCACGUCCUGCUGGGAUCUCAAGGACCCUGGCCAAGGAAAAACCACCCUAAAGACCCUGAAUAAAGAGAGAGCCAUAGAGACCAAAUGGGACCAGUUUGUGUCUCUGCAAAAGCCACGUAGAACAGGCUCCAGGCCCUCCCGCUCCUCCUCUGGUCGUCUGUACCUGUUGAAGGGGUCCUCCCUGAGCGUAGCCUCCUCCUCAGCCCUCACCACCCCUACCCUUCUGGGCAGCCUGUCCUCCCUGGGCCCUGGGAUAGAUGACACUGGAACUACAUUAACUGGAGCUAUAGUGACUGCCACUGGAGCCAGCCAGGAUAGUACGGAGCAACCAGGAGCAGGAGGGGACUCCGAGACAGAGCUGCCCAUGUCAGAGUACCUUCAGAAACUGCUGGAUGAAGUCCACCAGAGUGUCACCAAAGACUUCGGUGAUCCAGAGCAGAUUCAUGGCGACGGCACUUUGACUGUCGGAUACCGGCCACCUACCCAACCCACCCCUCAGAGAGGGGACAACACAACACGCCCCAAGACCAAAGACACACCAAGACCCAAAAGUUGUCCUGCCAAGCCUCUGUCAGCCACCAGUGAGUUGAUCAGCAGUAAGAGGUCCAUGCUGUGGGAUAUGAGGACAGCCUAUGAGGAGAGAGCAGAGGAGCUGGCCCAGAUCUUCAGUGACAGUCUGGACCACAAUGCCAGGAAGAGGCUAGAGAGUGGCAUCCAGAGGUUCCAAGCCCUGUGUCAUGUGACCCACUCUCAUCUCAUCCCUCGUCAUGUGACCCCACGGGUCACCGGCAUGAAACCCCCAGAGACAGACUGCAGCAACAACAACAUGUGGCUGUCCUCUCUACUGAGCAAUCUCCCUCCAGAGGUGUCUCAGGACAGAGGGGUGAGCCGAGUUCUGGAGAAACUCAGCCGCUUCGCAGAUGAGCGGACCCCCAAGGUGCGACCCCAUGUCUUCCUGAAGAUGUUGGGGGGUCUACAGCCCUGGGAGCUCUGCCUACCUGACCUCUGUGUUGCCAUUGAGAUAGCCAGGGAGCAUGUUGUCCAGAUGUCCAGAGAGGACUAUGACUCGUGGCUCCUCUCCAGGGUCACUCUUCCACAGCAGCAGGACCACUAACCCAAACACAAAUACGCUCACACAUUUAAAUACACACCCACAGACACACACGCACACACACACCACACACACCACCCGUACUGCCAUUCACCUUCUGUUAAAGGUCCCCAAAGCACACACAUCCCUGGGUCGCUCCUCUUUUCAGUUCGCUGCAGCUAGCGACUGGAACGAGCUGCAAAAAUCACUCAAACUGGACUGUUUUAUUUCUUCAUUCAAAGACUCAAUGAUGGACACUCUUACUGACAGUUGUGGCUGCUUCGCGUAAAUUAUUGUUGUCUCUACCGUCUUGCCCUUUGUGCUGUUGUCUGUGCCCAAUAAUGUUUGUACCAUGUUUUGUGCUGCUACCAUGUUGUGCUGCUCCCAUGUUGUGUUUCUACCAUGUUGUUGUUGUUGUGUUGCUGCCAUGCUGUUGUUGUUUUAGGUCCCUCUUCAUGUAGUGUUAUGGUGUUGCUCUUGUCGUGGUGUGUGUUUUGUCCUAUAUUUUAAUUUUAUUUUUAAUCCCAGCCCCAGUCCUCGCAGGAGGCCUUUUGCCUUCUGGUAGGCCGUCAUUGAAAAUAAGAAUUUGUUCUUAACUGACUUGCCUAGUUAAAUAAAUAACACACACACACACCCUGGCCAUGGAUGAUGAUGAAACAUACACAAAUAUAGUUGCCCAUAGUCUCUGAACUGACCUAAGGUUAGGUUUUGGGGGAGAUUAAGCUGAUCCUAGAUCUGUGAUCCCACAGGCAACUCCAAUCCAGAGUCUUCCUCCUUUAUAUCCACUGUGGGAAGCCGGGCUCACAUUUCACAUCCACUUGUUCUCCGUUUCCCUUUUGUUUACGUUUCAAACCUACUUAAAUCAUGUCUCCCACGGGAGGAUAAGCUUCACUGAGCCAUCAAAUACCUCCCUGUCCUUGUGACGUCCCCUUAUCCCUUUCUCCCUCCCUCCGCCAGUCCACUCCUCCUCCCUUCUCUUCCAUUCCCACACCAACCUUUCCCUCCCCGUCCUCCUACCAUCCUCUUAUCCCCCCAUCUCUCCAGUUCCCAUCACAUCCACCGCCCUUCCCUCCCCACAAACAUCCCAAACAACAACAAUAGAUAGCGUGUUGUCUGUUAUUGAAAUCAGCCCAGUGCCACGCCCAUACAGGCCUCUGCUCCAGCCUUACCCCAGCCCCAGCCUUGUCUGAUGGAUAGCCCUUUUUUAUUGGGGAAAUAAAGAGCCUGACCCAAUGCUCUUUGCUUCCUGUUAGAUAAAGAUAAUGAACUCUGCCUGGAAACAAUUGUUUGUGAAGACUUUGAGCAGACUAGUUACUGUGAAUGCAGUGUUUCAACAGCCGUCUGUAGAGGAUUUCACAAAAUCAUGAAUGUGAUCAUUAAAACAAUAAUGAUUAAAAGGUUACAAUUAUGUGAUUCUGUCUGUGGCGCUAUAUGUCAUUCAUCUGUAGAAAUAUGACUAAAUGCUGCGAUGGCAAUAAAAUAACUGUUAUCAUCA